UAGGUCACUAAUAUGGGCCGUGAGAAAAUAUCAACAAGGCUGAGUCAACAACCAAUCAGAAGCCUGCGUUUGUCUACCUAACUUCUGAUAAACAACCAAUCAGAUGACUGCGCUUGUCUAUAAUAAUGUAGUUGAAAUAUGUAUAAAUACGUGUUGAUUUUCAUAAUAAAACGAUCUGUUGCCUGGCCCUUGUCUUCUGUUGUUACAUUUGGUGUCGCUGCCUACCGACAAAUGAAAAGCCUAUACCCUGCAGUUUUUGAUGGAGACAUAUGGAUCUUCGGGCAGGACUUCAAGGCUUCUGCGCAGUUGAGUGGCGUUCAAAAUCUGUCAGCGAUGGAGCUGCUACUUGAGACGCUGCUGGGAGGUCGGGCGAAAGCAGCAUAUGAAGGUGUGGGCCGAAGUAUGGACGAAUGUUCGACAGGGUCAGGCAAACAGUUUCCAAAGUGGGAAGGACCACAUAUGGUCACUUCGAGAUGGGGUUACGCAGACACAGUCGCAAUGGCGAACAAUGAGAGGCGCGUGAACGUCAGCGAGCUCCAAAAAUGGAUACAGCGAGACAAGCCAACGAUGACAACUGCAGCAAGUAGAUCAAGCCGACUUCAGUCGCACGUAUUUGACAGGGGGACGAGUGUGGUGAGAGCAGGCUGCUAGCCGAUUGGUUGGCACUAAUCUACGUUAAGGUCUAGGUCACUAAUAUGGGCCGUGAGAAAAUAUCAACAAGGCUGAGUCAACAACCAAUCAGAAGCCUGCGUUUGUCUACCUAACUUCUGAUAAACAACCAAUCAGAUGACUGCGCUUGUCUAUAAUAAUGUAGUUGAAAUAUGUAUAAAUACGUGUUGAUUUUCAUAAUAAAACGAUCUGUUGCCUGGCCCUUGUCUUCUGUUGUUACA